AUUGCCCUCCAAGGGCCCAGCGCGUGCCGCUCCACGCCAGCCAGCCGGACGACCCCUUACCGGAAGUCUCUCUACGGGUCACCGCACCCGACCGUUAUUUCGGUCUUUUAAACAUGGAGGCGAAGGUUCGUCGUGUGUUCCGCGAAGUCUGGGAUUUUGAGCCUCGCGAAACUCAGUUACGCGCCACCAUCGCUGCUCUAGAAGGCCAUGAUGUCUUCUUGGGGAUCGCCACAGGAAGUGGGAAAUCACUCUGUUAUCAGAGCAUUCCCCUUUGCGUAACAGAGCCGAAACUUGUGGUUGUUGUUUCGCCAUUACGGGCUCUAAUGAGCGACCAGAUUCACCGCUUCGAGGCAACCACCGGGUACAAGGGCGCACAUCUUCGCUCAUCGUUGGAUGUAAAACGAUUUAAGGAUGCCCCUGACAUUGGUGUGCGACUGGUCUUCAUGGCCCCAGAGGAGCUGAUCUCUGCAGAAGGCAGGGCACUGCUUCAGAACCCACCCCUACCCAUUGCCCUGGUAGCGAUUGACGAAGCUCACUGUAUUUUGGACUGGGGACCGGAGUUCAGGACGGCAUUCAACGCCAUCGGUACCCUGCGGGCCAGCACACCUGGGGUUCCCUUCAUGGGCCUUACCGCCACGGCCACCCCAGAGGUCCAGGAGGUGGUCAUACAGAAACUACACAUGAACUCGCCCACAAUCAUAAGAGGGAGUCUGGACAGAACGAACAUCUUCCUCUUGCGGAAGAAGAAAUCAAGCAUAAAGGCCGACCUUCGACCUCUGCUGGAUGCUGUGCACCAGGCAGCUACCCACACAGAUGUUGAUAAACAUCUGGUGUAUGUAAGCAGAAAGCAAAAGGUUAUGGAGGUCUGGGCCCUGUUUAAGAACAAAUGCAGCCCUGCCAUGCAGAAAAGAGUCCGGGUCUUCCAUGCCGAUAUCUCUGCCAGUGCAAAGGAUAAUGUGCUUGAAGGAUUCAGGGAUGGCAGUAUCCGCAUCAUCAUAGCGACCGUCGCGUUUGGAAUGGGGAUAGAUAUCCCAGACGUCAAGGGAGUCAUCGUCUAUCAGCUGCCCUCCACUAUUGGCCAGUUAUACCAGCAAAUCGGAAGAGCAGGCAGAGGUGGCGACCAGGCAUAUGCUGUCGUCUUCCACAGUGCGGCAGAUACCAAGACGGCAGACAAGGGUGCUGCAGAAUUCAUCCAAACGGACAGGUGCCUUCGCAAGGAACUGCUGCAUCACCUGGGAGAAGAAGAUAGGGAAGAAGAGAUGGAGGAGAUUAUGACAUGUUGCAGUGUCUGUGGUGGGGACAGUGUUGACACGUUCCUCUUCACAUCCAACAGUCCAGAUGGUGAAAAACGAGGAAAAAAAAGACAAAAGCCUCGCCCCAAAAGGAAAACGGACACGGGCAAUGAGGAAAACCUUAAAAACAGUUUGUAUGACAUGAGGGACGAGUGGUUCGAGCAGAAUGAACAGUUCCUCUUCAUCGGACCAUGUGGUCUCAUGGCUGAUGCUGCCAUCGACAGGAUUGUCAAAAACGUGCAUUCUAUACACACAGAACAGGACCUCGCUAAACUGAAAGGUGUCCCCAAAGACAUGACAGCACACAUCUUAUCAAUCAUUAACCGCCAUAUUCCGGAGAAGGAGAAGGAGACAAACACAACAAAAAGAAACAGACAACAAGGAAACAACAACAGAGUUCUACGUGACUUGACAAACACUGUACUCUAAGAAAACAUACGUUACUCAUCCAUAAGUAGGUCAGUGUUGGUAUCAUCGUCAUCGCUUUCGUCGCUGUCCGCGUUGUCGUCACUGUUGU